AUGGAUGUAGCUCAGCAGAAGGGUGAUCUGUCCAAGCGAGAGGAGCCCGGGAGAGAAAAAAAGAGGAAUAACCCCGGAGAGAUGUCGUGUCUACGCAGCAGCUGUCCCACGUCUCCCAAAGGGACCAGCGCGCACCCACGUCUCGCGUUCAGUGAUGAAGAGGAGGAGGAGGUGGAUUAUAAAGGGUGGUGUCCAGUUUCAGCCGAUGCGUCUCUUGCUCACGGGCUCCUCUCGCUUGGACAGAUCACCCCUCUGCUGAGCUACAUCCAUUUGGGGGGCAUCGGGGUGGGAUUUCUUUUUCUUUUUAGGGUGCGAGGGAGGGAGGUGGGGAGGUGA